AUGGCCUUCGCUCCUGACUUGAGUGCUGUUUCCAAUUCCACCAUGCCACGACCUCGUGCGGCAACAACGGGCCUACCCAUUAUGGCGUCGCAGACCCCAACACCUCGACAGCCAGUACAUGGGCCCCAUGUUUCGGUAGCUCUCCAGUCUCCAGGAAGUCCACCGCUCGGGACGGGAGACUACGGCAUCACAAGUACAGCCCAGGGGCCAUUGCGUCACCCCCAACCGCUGACGCCUUCGGAUCUCCAUCUCGUGCUUGAGAAGGAGCAGGAAGCAAUGGUGAACCGGUUGACCCGCGAACUAUCCCUUCUGCGCCAACAGACAACAUCGGUGGCCUCUACCGCAUCCUCCACCUCCACAUUCAAUGAGACGGAUAGCGCACAACCCUCGCCCAACCUCAGCAGCUCGACCCGGCCUCAAUCCGCCCGACGGAACCGGUCCAACUCGAGCCUCAGCUCGCAUACUUCCGCAAAUCAGGGUGCACAGACCUCAAGUGUCACAGGAAUUGCCCCUUCAAGAGAUAUGAGCAUGCCGUCUCGUUCGAUAGAUUAUACUCGGAAUGUCCGCAGCCGCGAGCCAUCCCUCACAUCUCGCCGACCCUCCAUCGGGUCGCUCUCCUCAUUCUCUCACAGCAAUAACAGCGUAUACCCUCCCCGACAUUCGAGCUCGCAGACCCAGCUAGGAUAUUCACCGGGAGCCUCGCUGUCCCGCUUUGAGGAGGUAACACAUCACAGAUCGGAGCUGGAGUAUAUGAAGCGAGAGAAUGAACAGCUCCGGAGACGGGUGCGGGAUCUGGAGCAGACUUUGAAGAGACAAAAAGAGGCCACCACUUUGGACUUGGCGAGCGACACUUCUGUGACACAUGACACAGUUAUCAGUGCCUGA